CGAGCCAUUCAUCAGCAUCAUUCAGUUGGGCGUCGUUGAGCGUGGCCGGUGAGCGCGCACCUGUGCUUCAGGUUUAUUUGCAGUUGGUUUCCAUGGGGAGAUCUCCUUGCUGCGACGAGAGUGGCCUCAAGAAGGGCCCGUGGACGCCGGAGGAGGACGAGAAGCUGCUUCAGUACAUCCAGAAGAACGGCCAUGGCAGCUGGAGGACCCUCCCGAGGCUCGCCGGGCUGAACAGAUGCGGCAAGAGCUGCCGGCUGCGGUGGACCAACUACCUGCGGCCGGACAUCAAGCGGGGCAAGUUCUCGCAGGAGGAGGAGCAGACCAUCCUGCACCUCCACUCCGUGCUCGGCAACAAGUGGUCGGCGAUCGCGGCGCACCUGCCGGGCCGGACGGACAACGAGAUCAAGAACUUCUGGAACACGCACCUCAAGAAGCGGCUCAUCCAGAUGGGCUUCGACCCCAUGACGCACCGUCCGCGGACCGACUUCUUCGCCGCGCUGCCGCAGCUCAUCGCGCUCGCCGCGUUCCGGGACCAGCUCGGCGCCGCCGCCGACCCGGCGGCCGCGCAGCUGCAGGCCGGCGCCGCCGCCGGCGUCGACGUGGCCAUCCAGGCCGCCAAGCUCCAGUACCUGCAGUGCCUCUUCCAGUCCGCGGCCACCACCAUCGCUUCCACCGCCGCCGCCGGCGCCGCGCCCGACGCCGAGGCGGCGGCGGCGGCUCUCGGCGGCCUCUGCUCGCCGCAGGGGACUCAUGACAGUACUGCCCCGCCGGUGUCCGCGGCCGGCGGCCAGCUACCUUCUUGCACGUUCCCCGAGGCGCCCGUUAGUAGUGAAGGCAAUCAAGGCCUCAGCUAUGGCGGCGCUGAUGUUGACGUGUUCUCGUUCCACGGCGGUGGUUCGCUGCCGCCCCUGGCCGACCUCUCCGACGCCGCGAACUACCCUUCAGCCGACGGAUGCAGCGCCACGGCGUCGUCCAGCUUCGGUGGCGGCGCGACCAGCCCGCUCCCUUGGCCGGAGUUCUUCCCCGACGACCCCUUCAUCACUGAUUUCCUAUGACGUAAUAACCACGCUUCAUACUUAUAUAUAUACAUGUAUACCAAAGAACCUUCUAUAUCAUAUACUACGCCCCGGCCUGAUCUAUACGUAUCUGCUAGCUCCCUCUGAAUUUUGUAAGCUUCACGUACACAUAUACGUAUACAUGCUCAGUAUAUCUGAUAUUCUGAUAGCAUUCGAACAUCUGAAUAGAUUUUUACUCCAAACAAAUACUAGCUGUGCAGAGAGGAGUGUGUGAGUUGCCCAUGAGAAUAAUGUACACCAAAGUGCUUGUUGUACUGAAUACUGAUGAUGAAACAAAAAGAAAUACCAAGUCCAUUGGUGCA